GAUAUCCACCGAGUAAAGACCUAUCGCGACAUGUCUCUUCUGAAGACUUUAUUUGGACGCUUUUUCUUCGUAUCCGAUUCAGAACCACUGACAAUCAAGAAGGUAUUUUUGAUUUUGUUUUUAAAACUUUACGAGUUUAUCUUCAAACCCAGACUUCACUUUCACGACUUCGAUGAUGACGACGAUUUAGUCAAAGCGGGCACAUUCCCCAGCCCUGUGGAAUGGAAACUAGAAUGUCCUCGAAACUGUGACCUGUACAGAGAAGAGGACGAAGUGAUGAUAUACGGGGUUAAUUCGAAGAAGGAAUGUUUGCUGGUGAGAGUGGCCAGGAUCGACGAUAGGAUGGCCGAAGCGUGGCUAUAUCUUAGACUUACCAACGGCAAAGUUUACGUUUUGCAAGAAACGGGUAGAACGACGGACGAUCGUUACUUCCAAGCGGCCGGUUUGCGACUGCAAUGUCUAUCGCCUCUCAGAAUAUGGAGGAUAUUUUUCAACGGUCUUCUCAGGGAAAACGAUGGCAGAGUAAUUCACGUCAAAUUCAGUUUUGUGUGGACAGUUCUAUCGGACGUGUACGAUUUCACUAGCGACGUAGAUAAAGAUGCCAUGGCAAACGCCUUAGAUCACGCUUCAUUCUUUUCACUCUUCGGCAACGUUUCCAGAGCACGAGAAUUAAUGGACGUCUACACUCAACACGGGCAAAUGAGAGGAACGAUUAAGUUAGAAGGAUCAGAUAAAGAGAAGGAGUUGCAUUUAUGGGGAACCAAAAUGAGAAAUCUUCGAAAGAUCUCGUCAGAAAAACAAUUUUGCCACGUUUUCGCUUACUUGCAGCAUGGGAUUUUACUACACAUAGGAAUUGAGAGUGUUGAUAAUGUUAUAAAAAGGCUUCAUCACGGUCAUAUAAUGAAUUCUAACGGUAGAUUACAUUCGAUCAAAUGUAAAAUUCUACCCGAUAGUGAAAAUAUGAAUGAAAUACAGAAUAAAGUUUUAGAAUUUUCCUUGGAGGAUGAAACAUAUAAUUUGAAAUUUACUUCCGAGAUAUAUUCCACGUUAUUUAUGAAAUCGAAAUGGCCCAAUGGCAUCGAAUUGAAACACGUAACUAUGUCCAAAAAUGGAAAGAAGGGUCACGGAAUUGUGUUAAAAGGAAAAAUUUUGAAAAAUAAAAGAAAAUAUUAUCCCGUACAAAAACCAAUUAAUAAAACAGAAAAUCUUUUGGUGGUGCCACUUACAUCGUUACAUUGUCAAGUAUCGGAAUUAACUGGUGGUAAAGGUUCCUCUCUCGGAAUACUUACAGAAAUUGCUGCUGAUAACAAAAACUUCAUAGUGCCCAAAGGUGUUGUCGUGACGACGAAAGCCUACAAAAUAUUUCAGGAUACAAAUAGAAUGAAAGACAUCGUUUCUUCUUUACAGAAAAUAACACGGAUAACGAAAAGUGAUGUAAAAGACGAAUGUCAAAGAAUUAUGAAAGAAGUUGCGGAGAUCCCACUUUCAAAUAUAAUCUGUGAUGAAAUUGAAAAAAAUUUAAAAGCAAUUUACACGAGUGACUUAAAUAAUGUUAGAUUUUCUGUCAGGUCAUCGACUUGCGGGGAAGAUAGCGAAGAUAUGUCUGCAGCCGGUCAAAUGGAAACUUAUCUCGGGAUUUCCGGAUUGAAAAAUAUAUUAACUGCAGUUAAGAAGUGUUGGGCAUCGCAAUUUUCAUUUACUGAUAUUGAAUACAAAAGGCAAAACGGUCAACUGUUAAACCUACCGAUGGCAGUUGUUAUCCAAGAAAUGGUGAAUGCGGAUGUUGCAGGUGUUAUGUUUACUUGUAAUCCUGUUACUUCAAAUCCAAAACAUGUUACAAUAACAGCCAAUUAUGGACUAGGAGAGUCUGUAGUGGCUGCCAAAGCCGAACCCGAUACCAUUUAUUUAGAAAGAGAUAUCAAUCAGAAAUUAACUCUUAAUAAUAUAACUAUUGGUAAAAAGGAUACAAGGGUUGUUGUUAGCGAAACGGGUGACGUUGUCGAAGAAAAAAAUAUUGAAUUUGAAGACAAAUGUUGUUUGACUGACGAACAAGUGCUUUAUUUAGGAAAUGUCGGAAUAAUGUUGGAAAAAGAAUUCGGAUCUUGCCGCGAUAUCGAGUGGUGCUUUUCCAAAGACCAAUUGUAUCUUCUUCAGUCUCGACCCAUUACAUCAAUUACUACAGAAACUGAUUAUGAAAUCGCUCACGAAUUUGAUGCCAUAUUUCGAGACGAAGAAGAAUAUUUAUCUACAGGAAACGUUGGAGAAGUGCUUCCAGGGGCUAUGAGUCCACUGUGUGUGUCUUUGUGUCAAAAAACAUUUUCCCAUAAUUUUAUGAAAUCAAAAUGGAGGACAAUCUUUGCAAUGAACGGACCAAGUUGCCCCUAUUUUCCAAUGGGUAUUCAUUAUUUUAAUGGUCAUGCGUUAUUUAAUGUCAUUGACGGAUGGCUAAAUUAUUCGGCUGAUAAAGGUUCUACUUCUAAUAAAGUGCUGAUGCUUGCAUCGAUCGGAAGAAUUAUCGAUGAUGAUGAACUAUACGAAAGAGCCAAGGAAAGAUUUUCACUUUAUAAAAAGAAACCUUUAUAUAAACGAAUGCGCCCUUUACUAUUUUUCAUUAAGAAUUUUAUAACUGCCGAAGGUGCUUUAGAAGAGAGAAGAAAAAAAUAUUUCAAUUAUAAAAUUAAAGAUUUGGAGAACUUCAAAACGUCUUUAGAGUUAUAUCAAGCUAUACCUCGUCACUGGAAAUGUAUUUUUCCUAGUAUGGACAGUAAUACCGAAGUUUCAUUAUGUUCUGCCAUGUACAAUACAAAUUUGAUGUCGCUUCUUGUUAAGGAAUACGGGGGGUGGAACAACGACGUCUACGCAGAUUUCGCAAAUUUGUUAUCGAAUUGUUCAAAUGUCGAAAGCGCUGACGUUCCUCAAUCGUUAGAGGCAUUGGCUCGUACUAUCUCCAACGAAAUCCAACCGACAACAUUUAAAGCUAUGAAAACAGAAGAUGCAUUAAAAUGGCUUCAGACAUCCUCCUCGAAGUCGGCAGAAGAUUUCAAAAAUUUUCUCAACUCGCACGGACAUAGAUCUAUAAAAGAGUUCGAUCCAUAUUCAAUCCCUUGGAGAAAAAAUCAAUAUAAAUUAGUCCAAACUUUACAGGAUCUUGUAAAUAACAUAAAGAAUAUUAAAUCAUCUGUUCAUGGCAACGUCCUAGACAAAUUGAAGAAAUACCCAAGUUGGAAAUCCAGGCUGUUGUUUAAAUUUCUGUUGCCGAGAUGUCAACAAGCAGUUAGACUAAGAGAGAGAGGAAAAUCGUUUAUGAUAAAGAUGUUCGACGCGCAUCGUGAAGCUUAUUGGCAUUUGGCAGAACUAAUGGUUCUAGAGGGCAGACUUCCGCACAGAGACCUUCUGUUUUUCUUGUCGUAUGACGAAAUUGGAGAACUGAUAAGAACGCGAUCGUCAAAAUUAAUUUCCAAGGCAAUCCGUCGAAAGAAGAUUUAUGCAGAGCAGGACAAAAUCAUUUAUCCGGAAGUUAUGCGUGGCAUACCCCAACCAAUUAAUUUAGGUUCUUCGAACAUCACGUAUAAAUCCGAGGCCAUCAUAAAAGGAAUUCCGGUUAGUUGCGGAAUGGUCAAAGGUCCUGCCAGAGUAAUCCUCAACGUGGAGGAGGCGGUUGAUAUUAGAUCGGGAGAAAUUCUAAUUACGUACAGCACGGACAUCGGCUGGAGCCCUUAUUUCCCUCUGUUAGCAGGAGUAGUGACAGAAAUCGGAGGACUCAUUUCACACGGUGCUGUAGUGGCUCGAGAAUAUGGACUUCCCGGUGUUGUGGCUGCUCACGGAGCCAUCAACCUCUUUAAGACGGGAGACAUCGUCGUUUUAAACGGCGAUGAAGGAACCAUUUGCAAGGUGAAGGAAUCCGAUGUGGUUAAUGGAGGAGAACAUCUAUAGAAUCCUUCUUCUUUUGUUACUUUGUGUAGAAGGCCGUUAUUUCCAUUCAAUAGAACAAUGUCGCCUGACAUUAGAAGAGUAAAAUCGUAUUUUUAAAUGAUUUAAUUUUUGUUUUAAAAUUCUUUAUAUCAAGGGGAUGAAUUUGAGAGGAUUUUCGAUUGCAAAUUGGUUCCCACUUUGGUGUUUGUCACGUGAAGAAAACCGUGCGCACCAAUAAAUCGGUGGUUAAAACACUGAAUUUACCAACAGAAAUGAUCAAACUAGACUUGGGGUCGAUAAGUCAUUUCGAGGAUUAAAAAUUGCUAGGGGGGUCUAAAUUUUCACACUAAGUAAAUAAGUAAAUCUUUUCUAUGAAACUGGAUGUAGUAUUAAUACUAGUUUAUCAUAUUUAUUUAUUAUUAAUAACUGUGUUAGCAAAAACUUAACAGUUAAAAUAUGUUUCUGGGCCGAAUACUACAUAGAAAAUUAGUUCCGGGGUCAAGCCACAACAUAGGAACACGGACAAAACAAGAAAAAGAAUUAUAAUUUUCAAACUUUUAUAUUUAUCGCAUUAAACAUGCAAGAUAUAAAUACUUUGUAUAAAUUAAUAUAUUACUUAGAAACACGUAACAUUAACAUAUGUUUUAAAAUAUUUCUAUUUUUUCUCAUCUCAUCCAUAAUUGUUUAGUUUUCUAUUCUCACCUCUUCUGAUAUUUCUGGCGUUUCGGAAUGAUACAAAACUCUCAAAGUUUCGAAAAGGAAAAUGCAAAUAUGUAAAAUAAUUCGGGAGAACGAUAGCAAUAGAAAUAUUUACAAAUAAAUGAGAUAAGAACGUAUAGAAUUAUCGUAUAUUUGAAAUGAUCAAACGUGUAUAUACGAGACAAUCGACGAUUUCGAGAAAUUACAGGAUACUUUUACUUAACAGUUUGUCGUAUUCCUGAUAUAUUUUUAUAAUAACUUGCAGUUGUGUAUUUAUUAAGCACUUUUCUAAAUACUUCCCUGUUUAGAGGUUCGAGACGAAAAUUACUUCUAUACCUGACGAUAAUAAUGGCAACGUGUAUACAGUUAUACUGUAGUUUCUUCACUUUUGUAA